AUGGGGGGUCACUUUGUGGACACCAGGAUGGAUUUGUAUUUGCUUCUCCCAUCGCUUGCAGAGGGGGAAGAGCACGACAAGAGCCCUGUGAGGCUGGCUGACAUCCUCCUUUCCACUUCCUUGCUGUGUUUCUCUGCCCAGGUGAUAUACCGAGCCCUGUCACCGCCUUAUGCCGUGGAAGACCCGUACAGCGCAGAAGCCCAGGCACAGCUGAAGAUCACCAACCUGCGGGUGCGGCUACAGGGCUGCCCCUGCCUCCCAGCCCCCCAGCCUCCGCAGCCCCCGCCGCCCCUGCACUACGCCAUCUAUGACUUCAUCGUGAAGGGCAGCUGCUUCUGCAAUGGCCAUGCUGACCACUGCGUCCCUGUCAACGGAUUCAAGCCCGUCAAAGCAGCUGGUGUUUUCCAUGUGGUCCAUGGGAAAUGCAUGUGCAAGCACAACACAGCAGGGUCCCACUGCCAGCACUGCGCCCCACUCUACAAUGACCAGCCUUGGCAGGCUGCCGACGGCAAAACCGGAGCCCCCAAAGAGUGUCAGUCGUGCAAGUGUAAUGGGCAUGCUGACACUUGUCAUUUUGACAUGGAUGCGUGGCUGGCAUCAGGCAAUCGCAGCGGCGGCGUCUGCGACAACUGUCAGCACAACACGGAAGGGCAGCACUGCCAACGCUGCAAGCCGGGCUUCUACCGGGACCUCAGGAGGCCGUUCUCUGCCCCAGAUGCCUGCAAACCUUGCUCCUGCCACCCCCUGGGAUCAGCCACACUCCCCCUGGGCCCUCACACCUUCUGCGACCCCAGCACCGGUGACUGCCCCUGCAAGCCCGGCGUGGCGGGGCCCCGCUGCGACCACUGCCUCCCCGGUUACUGGGGCUUCGGUGCCUACGGCUGCCGCCCCUGCGACUGCGCCCGCAGCUGCGACCCCCGCACCGGUGACUGCCUUAGCAGCAGCUCGGACGUGACCUGGCAUCAUGAAGCACCUCCUUUCCAGGCGGUGCUCAAUGACAGCGAGCCCACCUGGGGCUGGGAGGACGAGCAGGGCUUCUCGGCACUCCGGCACUCAGGUAAAUGCGAAUGUAAAGAGCAAGUUUUAGGGAAUUCCAAGGUCUUCUGUGGGAUGAAGUACACCUACGUAAUCAAGACAAAGAUCUUGUCAGCUCAUGACAAAGGCUCCCAUGCAGAAGUCAGUGUGAAGAUCAAGAAAGUUUUGAAAUCUACAAAGCUGAAGAUCCUUCGGGGCAAGAGGACACUCUACCCUGAAUCCUGGACUAACAGAGGCUGCACUUGUCCCAUCCUCAAUCCCGGCUUGGAGUACCUCGUGGCAGGACACGAGGAUGUCCGAACAGGCAGACUCAUCGUCAACAUGAAAAGUUUUGUCCAUCAGUGGAAGUCGGCUCUCGGAAGAAAGGUCCUGGAGAUUUUGAAAAGAGACUGCAACUAG